UCCUUUUACACACACAGAACACACGCCUCUCUGGUUUUACAGUCUUUCCCUGCUUUGAUAUGGACUGUGGCUCUGCUGACAGCUCUGGAAUAAGGAGAGAAGGCAGAGGAGGGGGAGCUAGUUUACUGUCCUGGAUGUAGAGGGAGACUGGAGAGAGGAGAGAAGCAGACUCCUGUCUUGGAUUGUGAGCUAUAGUAGUGGGAGACUGGAGAGGGGGCUGAGCCAGCAGAAGCUGAAAGAGGAGAGGUUGCUGUCCUGGAUUUUUGAGCUACAAUAGAGGGAGAUUGAAAGAGGAGAGGCUGAGCCGAGAGACAUGUAGCCCAGAGCCAGUGGAGAAUAACGGACAGGAUUGAGUAGUGAUCAGAGCCUGCUCAGGAGAGCUUUCUGCACAGAGUAGAAGGCGUGGUGUGUGAUGAACCUGGAGAGUGCGUGUGGUUACCAGGCCGGGGUGCGGGGCCCACGGGCUGUGAUGGAGCAGAAGGUCAAAGGUCAGCUGAACUAUGGCUUCCAGAGGAGCUCCACGUCAGACGACGACUCCGGCUGUGCCUUGGAGGAGUACGCCUGGGUACCGCCUGGCCUCAGACCAGAACAGGUGCAGCUGUAUUUCUCCUGUCUGCCUGAGGACAAGGUUCCUUAUGUUAACAGUCCUGGAGAGAAGUUCAGAAUCAAACAACUCCUGUAUCAACUGCCUCCACAUGACAAUGAGGUGCGGUACUGCCAGUCUCUCAGUGAGGAGGAGAAGAAGGAGCUCCACAUGUUCAGUGUCCAGAGGAAGAAGGAGGCGCUGGGGAGGGGCUCCCUCAAACUGCUGCCUCAGGCCCUGCUAAACAGCGUCUGUGAACAUUGUGGGGAGAGCGUCAACGGUGGUGAGAUGGCGGUGUUUGCCUCCAGAGCGGGUCCUGGGCUGGUCUGGCACCCAGCAUGCUUUGCGUGCUCCAUGUGUAGCGAACUGCUGGUGGACCUCAUCUACUUCUAUCAGGACGGAAAGAUCCACUGUGGCCGACACCACGCUGAACUGCUCAAACCACGAUGCUCAGCCUGCGACGAGGUUAUCUUUUCUGAUGAGUGCACCGAGGCGGAGGGGCGUCACUGGCACAUGAAGCACUUCUCCUGUUUCGAGUGUGAGACGGUGCUGGGGGGACAGCGUUAUAUCAUGAAGGAUGGGCGGCCAUAUUGCUGCGGCUGCUUCGGUUCUCUCUUCGCUGAGUACUGCGAGGCCUGCAGAGAACACAUCGGGGUGGACAAUGCCCAGAUGACGUAUGACGGUCUCCACUGGCACGCCACCGAGGGUUGUUUCUGCUGUGCCCAGUGUAAGAGUUCUCUACUUGGCUGUCCCUUCCUGCCCAAGCAGGGCCGUAUCUACUGCUCCAAGGCCUGCAGUCUGGGAGAGGACGUCCACACCUCUGAUUCCUCCGACUCUGCCUUCCAGUCGGCUCGCUCACGCGAAUCCCGCCGCAGCGUCCGCAUGGGCGAGAGCAGCCGCUCGGCCGACCAGUGCCGCCAGUCGCUCCUCUUCUCGCCCUCCAUCAACUACAAGUUCCCUGGGUUCACCGGUGAUGCCGGCAACACAGACACCCUCACCAACAAGUUGGCCCACCUGGGUUUAACCGACGAGGAGCGAUUCUGGAAGGGGAGGGAGGACACGGAGGCCCCCGAGGACCGGGAGGAAGAGGAGUGGGCCGAGCACGAGGACUACAUGACACAGCUGCUGCUCAAGUUUGGGGAGCAAGGUGUCUUCCAGCAGGGUGAGACGGUCGACACCAGACCCCCAACAGAUCUGUGGAUGACCGAGGCAGAGGUCAAGAUGAAACAGUGUGAGCCUCAGGGCUCUAGGGCUGGGAGGGGAGGUAUCAGAGGAGGUGGUGGAGGAGGGUCAGGCAGCGAAAGCCUGGCCAGUAAGAAGUACCAGGCAGAUAUGUACUGGGCUCAGUCCCAGGAUGGGUUAGGGGAUUCGGCCUACGGUAGCCACCCAGGCCCUGCUAGCAGCCGAAAGCUCCAGGAGCUGGAGAUGGAGCACAGGGCUGGUAGCGUCGGGGAUACAGGCUUCCAGAGGGAUGAAAAGCAGUGGUAUGAUGACUCUCUGGAGUGUAUCACAGACGGGCUGAAACAGACGGAUCAGAGCGUGAGGGACUCCAUGGACUCGCUGGCACUGUCCAACAUUACCGCGGCGUCAGUAAAUGGAGACAGUAAAGAGCGCCCUCUGGUCUACUCCUUACAAAACUUCCAGGAGCUCGAGGCAGAGAACUGUGAGAACACAAGCAACAUGGGAACUCUCAACUCCUCCACGUUACACCGCAGUGCCGAUUCCCUGAAGAGCCUUACGUCCGAGCUGGAACAGGUGGGGGAGAAUGUACCAGAGGAAGAGGAGGCUCCUCUUCCCUCUCCCCCAAAGCCACCUCACGUCCCGGAGUUGAGGAGGACUCGCUCCCAGUCCCGACCCCAACAGGUCAAGUUCUCCCCAGAUGUCGUUGACAACAGUCGCUAUGGUGACCUGCCAAUGCGCCAGCCCCCCAUGAGCGAGCGGACGCGGCGGCGGGCCUACCACUUUGAAGAGCAGGACCAGGAGCUUCUUAGCUUGGGCCGCCACCACAGGAGGCGCCGCAGCCGCAAGUCCCGCUCCGACAAUGCUCUCCACCUGGUGCCCAAGGAGAGGGCCAACCACAUUUACUUCAGAGAGAACCAUAGAGGCCAUGGGAGCCACGGCCUUGGCCACAAGGGGCCCCAGCAGCAGACCUUCCUGCCCAACCAGCAGAGGUAUGGCCAGGGCCAACCUGGUCACCCCCAUCCCGCCACCUCAGACUACGGGCUCCAGCAGGGCCCAGCCAUGGAGAGGUUCCUGGGGUUGUGUGGGGACAGGGACGAGGAUGACUGGUGCUCCACCUGCUCGUCUUCCUCCUCGGAGUCUGAGGAGGAAGGCUUCUUCCUGGGGCAGCCCAUCCCCCAGCCUCGGCCACACAGACACUACUAUGAUGACCUGCCCAGCCCCGUGGCAGGCCUGCCCUCCCCACCUUACGGGGAAGUCCCACGGACUAAGUCCAAAAAGAAGAAGGGGCACAAGGGGAAAAACUGUAUAAUUUCAUAAGUCCCCUUUUAAAAUAUACUCUGUCUGCAUCACUUGUUGUUGCCACUGUUUGGAAUAUGGAAAUGGCCUGCCUGCUUGCUACAAAUGCCAAAAUUAUCUUGCCAACUGGGUGUACUACAUGUUAAUAUGGCUCUGGUCUUCUCCUUGAGAUGGAUUGCAAAAAACAGACAUGUAGUUGUAUUUCGAAGCGCUUCAUAAUUUUAUUAGAAAAAAAGUUUCUGCAAUAUUAUGAAUUGUCAACAAAGUAACACACAAAAUAACUUGGAACAAAUGUAUUUAUAAAGCAGGAUUUAGAGACCAACUGAAAAUACUAUUUAACAGUGCAGAUAGAAAUUAAUGCAUAUAUUGUAAAGUUCAAAUACAAAACGGAUAUUUUUUUAUAACCUCGAGUUCCAUGAGAUUUUUUGUUUGUAGUGGAAUGGCAUUGAAAGACUAAACUGAUUGCAGUUAUUAUAGGAUCUACUCUUUUGCUAACCAAGGUUUUAAAAAUGAAAAGUAUGAUAGGAGUUUCCACCAGCGAAGUUAUUACAGAAUACAAGUAUGAUGACAUCAGCUAUUUCCACGUACGUGCUUCUUUUGUAUUUAGGCUUACCGGUACGCAUUUGCUGCCCUGACAAGUGGGGAUAGCAUAUGUACUAUAUAGGGCCUGGUUGGGUUGACUAUUUUAUUUAUGGGUUAUAUUAUAUUGUUAACAGAUCAGUCAUCUGUAUAAAUGUAAAAACUGGAAUAUAAGGCUAAGAUUGAUGAUAAUAAUUGUAAUAAAAAAUAUAUUAUAACAUGUCAGGUUUUUUGUUUAUUCCAAAAGGAGAGCAAUGUCCCCAAAAAGUUGGUACAGAACUAGUAUGUGUAUGAAGAAUGACUAUAGUGUAGAGGAACAGAAAAUGCUGAAAGUUAAAUAACUUUAUUAAAAAAUAGAAAAGGGAACAAAGAAUUUAAGAAUGCAAAACAUGACAGUAAACACUUGUAAAUGCAAAACAUUCAAAAAUCUUGUUUUCGGACACUAUUUUUCUGGAGAGAACUGUAGGUAUUGAAAACACCACUCAUAACUCUUCAUUACAGUACACUGAAAUGUUGAUUACUGAAUUUCUCCAAAAAGCGUAUUCUCUACAUUCCUUGUGUGUGUGUGUGUGUGUGUGUGUGUGUGUGUGUAUAUAUAUAUAUCUGCAUGAUUCGGUUAUUUAACACUUGGUCAGAAAGCCAGAAGUGGAGUUCUGCAAUAUGUGUGUAACUAAGGAGAGAAGAAAUGACUGCUGGACAUGAGGUUUAAAGGAACCACACCUGAAUUGUCUUCUCAAGUCUGAAAUCUAUAUAACAGCACAAAAAAAAUAUAUAUAUACAUAUAUGAACCCUCUAAAGUGACCUCAAAUUCGAUAAAAUAUAUAUUCUCAAAUAAGCAUGUUUCCAAUUAUAAAAUCAAUUUUUAUUUUAGUUUACAAUUGUUAGUUUUUUCUUCAAAAUGUACUUGAAUAUCUUGGCAGGGUCAUGUUUCGGAGGACACAUGGCUCUCGACCUUCGCCUCUCCCGAGUCCGUACGGGAGUUGCAGU